GCAUCAACAACUCAACCCUCCUACGUUUACAUUGUUCGCGCGAAGAAUAGAAAAAUGGAGAAUGAAGCAGAAAAGCAAAACAAUUCAAUAAACAAGAAAAGUUCCACUGUGAUACGAAUCCCUUCAUAUCAAGAAGUAAUUGAAUCUUCACAAACAAAAUCAACUCCACCAUCUCUAUUCGUUCCGUCUCAAACUUUUUCUCAAGCUUUUGCGUUCGUCAAAUCCUCAGAAUUCUACUCUCCACCUCCUUCACUUCCAAAGGAAAAUGCUCCAUCGAACGCUUCAUCUUCAACACCGUCAACAUCAUCUGCAACAAAUAAUGCUCCUGCAGCUUCACCAAAUUUACCAAAUUCAAAUUCUCAACCUACUCAAAAUCGUAAUGCAAUUCUUGUCAGCAAUAGACAGAAAGGGAAUCCGUUGCUGAAACAUAUUAGGAACGUGAGAUGGACAUUUGCCGAUGUUGUUUGUGAUUUCUUGCUUGGACAAAGCUCAUGUGCUCUCUAUCUCAGUCUUCGGUAUCAUCUGCUUCAUCCAGACUACUUAUAUCACAGAAUAAGGGAGCUGCAGAAGAAUUUCAAACUUCGUGUAGUUUUGUGCCAUGUUGAUGUGGAGGAUGUAGUGAAGCCUUUACUUGAAGUUACAAAAACAGCUUUGCUUCAUGAUUGUACCCUCUUAUGUGGAUGGAGCCUGGAGGAAUGCGGACGUUACUUGGAAACCAUAAAAGUCUACGAAAACAAACCUGCAGAUAUUAUUCAAGGCCAAAUGGAUACGGACUAUCUAUCGCGGCUAACACAUGCCCUAACAACAGUUCGGCAUGUCAACAAGACUGAUGUAGUUACCCUUGGUACCAACUUUGGGUCUCUAUCUAACAUAAUGGGUGCAUCCAUGGAGGAUCUAGCUCGUUGCCCUGGCAUAGGAGAGCGCAAGGUCAAGCGCUUGUUUGACACGUUUCAUGAACCGUUCAAGCGUGUGGAAUCCAGCCGGCAAGCCAUUCCAGAGACUUCUGUCCAGAAUCAGCCAACUAGUCAAGAUACAUCUGUUAUAAACAAUACCGAAUCUUCCUCUUCUCUUGAAGACAUACAUAAGGAUGCAGACAGUGCAAGCAAACGUAAGAAGAAAGAACCCGAGUUUACUGUCAGAUCUGCCCUCUCCGUAGCUUUUGCCAAAUUAUCUGAAAGAGCUGGAAAGAGGAACAUCUCAUCAAAAUUGAAGGAGAAAGAAGAAACAGUUGUUGUCAGAGAAUCAGAUGCGGAGACAUAAAAUUACAGCUUAUAUUAUCAGUGGUUGUUUAACAAUUUUUCCUCAAGCAAGAUAAUUUCAUGAGUUCUAGAGGGAUAAUCACCAUGAUUUUACACCAACGGUAUUCUGCGAGGAGUGUUAUAAGGGAAACAGCUGCACUUACUAAUUGAAGGAGUAGUUAGUUGGUUGGUUGUAAUUUGACAACUGGACUUUUAGUUGGCUGGGACAAGUUUAAACUGAAUGGGAAUGAAGAGAAGGUGGCUUAUAGGAUUUAACGCUAUGAUGAAGAUUGGAUUUAAUUUAUGGUUACUUAGAGGGAGGGCCUAUCAAAGUUCUUAGGUCAAGAGAUAUUCUCAUCUUCUGUACACUGUUUACCCAGUCGUCUCCUUGAUUCCAAAAUCACAUUGAUUCAGAAUUGAGGGGAAGAGCUUCAUCAAUAAUAGUUUCUGUUGUUGUAUAUCAAACAAAAAAAUAUUUCAGUUGUUUGUUUGUUUCUAUCAGUUUUAAGCAAUUUUCUGAACCAGUUACGAACUCCUUGCCCAGCCCCUAUAUAUAUCUAGGGUAAUUUUGGGUUGUGCAGGUUUACAAGAGGACAUUUGCUUAAAAAGACAGUUAGACCCAGAUUUCAGUAAGGGUUCUGGAA